UUAAGAUAAUAUUAGUGAUAUAGUACAAGAUAUUAUAGAAAUCAUUAGUAGCCCAUUUAUUACAUUUUGCAAAAUAAUUUUGUGACUUGCGAUUACUUUAGAUGAGAAUGAAUCUUUUGUUUUCAUUAAAGAAGAAAAGAUAGAUGAGACUGAGGCUUCUUGUAUGAGUGACUCUUUCUGCUCCAUGAAAGAAGAUAAAACAGAUGAAAUUGAGGGUUCUUGUAUCAAUGAACCAAUUGUUGUUAUUAAAGAAGAAAACACAGAUGAAACUGAAGUAUCUUGUAUGAACAAUUCUUAUGCUUUUAAUGAGGAAGAAAAGAAAGAUGAAACUAAGACUUCUUAUUUGGAUGACUCUUUUGUUUUUAUUAAAGAAGAGAAAACAGAUGAUAAUUCUUGUUCGUGUGACUCUUAUGUUUGUAAUGAAGAAGAAAUGGAAUCUGAAAUUCCUGGGACUGGUAUUAAAGACGAGGUUAGACCAAAUAUAUAUUACGAUGGACAGACUCACGUGAAGCAUGAAGGAGAAGCACUCAUUCCUGAUGAGGGUAACAAGGAUCUCCAUGACAAUUCACAGAUCAGCCAGUGUGAAGUAAAAAAUAAGACAAAUUUGGAUUCCAUUAGGAUGUUACAAGAGAAUAAUAAUUCUUUAGAUUGUGAUAAUAAAACUCUUGAAUCUCCUAAAUACAGAGAAGGUAUAUUCACCUAUCAGAAAACAAAAAAAUGUCAAGACUGCCCUAAAUGUGAUUGUAAAGAAGAGAAUAUUAAUUUAGAAAGCAAUAUAGUGGUCCAUCAUAUCGAUGUCGAAUCUCACCCAUGUCCUAAGUGUAAUUAUAAAGGAACAGAACUUAAAAAAUUAAAAGCACACAUGAGGAAAUGUCAUACAGAUGAUAAGCAACAUAAGUGCCCUUAUUGUGACUAUAAAGCAGUGACCCAUAGUAUUUUAAAAAGACAUUUAUUGGCCCGGCAUACUGUAGAGAAAUCCAUUAAAUGUCCUCAUUGUGAAUAUAGAACAUCAGAAAAAAGUAAUUUACAAAGACAUAUAAAGCAUAAUCAUACUGGUGAGAAGCCUCAUCAGUGUCCUCAUUGUGACUAUAGAACGGUGACUGCUGGUCAUUUAAGAACACAUAUAAUGCGUCAUACAGGUGAAAAGCCUCAUCGAUGCCCUCAAUGUGAAUAUGGAACAGUAACUAUAGCUAAAUUAAAAACUCAUAUGAUGAGGCAUCAUACGGGUGAGAAGCCUCAUCAGUGUCCUCAAUGUGAUUAUAGAACAGUAACUGUCGGCCAAUUGAAGGCACACACGAUCUCUCAUCAUACAGGCAAUAAGCCACACCAAUGUCCUCAUUGUAACUAUAAAGCAACACUCAUCGAGACUUUGAAAACUCAUAUAUUGAGGCAUCAUACAGAUGAGAAGCCUCAUCAGUGUCCUCAUUGUGACUUUAAAACGGUAACUAUUAGUCAAUUAAAAACGCACGUGACUGCACGUCAUACAGGUGAGAAACCUCAUCAAUGUCCUGAAUGCGAUUAUAGAGCACUUCGAGUUAGUUGUUUGAAAAGCCAUAUUAUGGCUUAUCAUACAUGUGAGAGGCCUUAUCGAUGUCCUGAUUGUGAGUUUGGAGCGAUAACGAAUGGUCACUUAAAAAGGCAUAUUAUGGCCCGUCAUAGGGCUUUAUAA